AUGGCACCCGCCCUCCUCAUAGCAGCCCUCAUCGCCCUUCCCAUCGUAGUCAGUUCCUGUCUCGCAUACGCAGGCUACGAGGCAUACAAGCGCCGCCGCCACGCACCUCACGACGUCGAGCGAGCAAGAAACUUUGAGCGCACGCGACAGAAUGACGAGAGAGGCAUUCAGAUGCAGCACAUUGCGCGUCCUCAGAGACACAAUAUCUUUCAGUAUGAUGGGGACGUUGGUGUCGUACCUGCGAAUGUUGCUCCGGUCGCAAAACCAUUGCCAAGGGUACAUGGAAAGCAUAUAGAAGGUGGGGGGGUUGCAUGGCCUCCUGAGCAUCAAGAUAUACGUUGGAAUGGUCAGAAGAGUGAUUUAAAUGACGGACCAUUUGAAGAAAUCGACCUCUACGGAAAUCCACACUUGAACAAUGAAAUGGGGCAGUUUCACGGACCGGCACUGUUCAGGGAAGUCGGAACAGUGAAUGUGGUUUCUCCUAGGCCUAUGCGAUUAGUAGCGACGACUGUAAAUACUUACCUUCCUAAUAGUCCUUACGAUGCCCGAGAGAUGCAAGUUGGGGACGCGUGGGAUCGCAUCGAGAAGCGCGAAGCUCUGGGUGGAUAUGGGAAGCGGACGUUCCACCAGGAGCCAAUUACCCAGGACAAUAGAGACGAUGACGGAGAAGGAGAGUGGGAAGAUGAGGAGGACCCUCAUGAAGAUACUGGAGAGUGGCGGCAGGUUGAGCAGCCUGCCUCGAGUGGACCCGGCGCUUCUUUAUUCUCCAACUCUUUCAACGACGGACACACUAGUACUAUGAUGUUUGAAGGGGGCUCAAGAUCCUCUGUGAACAGCUUAGAGCGAGAGAAAGUGGAUGAGGUGGUGCCCGUUGAGCAGCAACAAGUCCCAUCACCCUCGCACUCUUCCCUCAAAAAGACCAACCAUGGAAACGACCGCCAGACACAAGAUGAGCCCCUAUCGUCACCCAUAAACGCAAUUCCCAUCAACUUCCCCCAAGUAGCUAUCAAGCAUCGGCCCCAACUCCCCCCAGCAAGGCAGAGAGCAAACACCUACACCGAUGGCCCAGUUAGUAUGGCGAAUUUCGUCCCACGAAAACAGUUAAUGAGAAGAGCGAGUUCAGUUUCGUACAAACCAUCCGUCGAAGGAGAGAAAUUGGCUGGGAAUCGACGCGAGACAUAUCCCAGCGACAGGAAUGUACAUCAGAGGAAGACAUCUCUAUUAAGGAGCGAGGUGAAUGGGCGGUUUAGUAUUUCCAAGCGUGGGAAUGCGUCUGUGGGAGUGGAAGAAACGGGGCAGAUGGUUGGGGAGUGCGGGAGUGUCGGGCCGAAACAGGAGGAGAGGGACUCGGGAGAUGAGGUGGAAGGAGAAGGGAGGCGAGCUGGCAAGGCAGGGAAGGAGCAUUUGUGA